CAUGAAAGGUCGUUGAGCGGAAGCCGCCAUUUGCGUUUCUUGCAUGUAUACACUGUGGUGGAUGCAUGUAUAUAUGUUCGAAAAAAAAAAAAAAGAUAUUGUACUGCAGGCAAGAAAAGGCAUGCACAGCUAGCCAUUGAGGCUAUAUAACAUAAAAAAAGAAUCCAGACACGGGUAUAUAUAGACAGAACGUCAGUCAUUUUGCAUGACGCUGAGGUUUUGUACCUUGAUGGAUGAUUAACAGGCUGUACGUCACUGUUAGUUUUCGCAUUGCAUGGAGCAUGCGCAUUGUUCCAGUACGCAUACUGGAUGCUAUCCCAAUAAAAAAAAUUCUGGUGCGAGUCAGCGCCCGCGUCUUUCACCAUCCUUUGUGCGGUGAUACUAUAAAUUAUCUUCAAUGCCUGGUUCCGUUAUAAUCACCGUAAUAGUGGCACCGCAUACGAAAGGUGUAAUACUUAGUCAGCGCGUAUACAAUUAUAUAUAGAUGUACACUUAUAACUGUCGCAUUUACUUAACCACAUUGUUCUACACUUAAUUAGCUGUAUCCGCAGUUUCGCUAUAUCCGUCAAUUCGCUACAGCGGUGUUUGUUUCCUGGCGAUAAUUUCGUUAUAUCCGCAGUUUCGCUAUAUCCGUCAAUUCGCUACAGCGGUGUUUGUUUCCUGGUGAUAAUUUCGUUAUGUCCGCAGUUUCGCUAUAUCCUUCAAUUCGUUACAGCGCUGUUUGUUUCCUUGCGAUAAUUUCGUUAUGUCCGCAGUUUCGCUAUAUCCGUCAAUUCGCUACAGCGGUGCUCGUUUCCUGGCGAUAACGUUCGUCUUCUGAACUCUACCAGGUUGGAAAGCCCCGUCAUGAGUGCCGGCGGCGAAGAGACGGCCCUCGUGGCUGCGCAACCCCUGCCGGCGGGUUGCCGGUCUCGGCCCUUCUCGGCACCUUCGUGCAGCCAGCCACUGCGCCGGAUGCUCCUGGACGCCGGCGGUUCGCGGCCCGUCACGCGGCCGCUGCCCGUGGCGUGCGCCGGCGGCGGCCUCGAGCUCCUCCUGCCGGCGUCCGCGAACCCGCUGUGCGCCCGGCUGGCCCGCGACUGCCACGAGCAGAACGCGACCGUGUCCCGACUGUCGUGCGGCCGCCUCUCGCUGAUCACGACGCGCGCGCUGUGCGCGGGCGAGGAGCUCCGGCCGUGGCUCUCGCCCGCGCUGCUGGCCGAACUGGGUGUGCCCGUGGCGCUGACGCCGGCGCACAUACGCGGCCACCGGUGCUACGCGUGCCCGGACUGCGGCGCGGUCUUCGAGCAGCCCAACCCUCUCAAGGCGCACCUGGCGCUGGACGCGUGCAUGCGGCAAGCCGCCCAGGCUGGCGCCUCCCAGGCACGCGUGCGCCUUCUGCGGCAAGCUCUACUCGCGCAGAAGGUACGCACCCAGGGCAACCCCUCCAACCCUCCUCCUCCCCCUGUCUCUCUCUCUCGGCUCAGUGCUUUAAGCGCGCAUCUGCUAGAACGCGAGAUACGAGGCAGCAUAUCCAAGCAGCGUGUACGUGUUUGCAGGUACGGCCUAAAGAUCCACGUGCGCACGCACACCGGCCACAAGCCCCUGGAGUGCCGAUUCUGCCGCAGGCCGUUCAGUGACCCGUCCAACCUGAACAAGCACGUGCGCCUGCACGCGCAGCGGGAUUCACCCUACCGCUGCGCGCUGUGCGCCAAAAGGCUGGUCCGCCGCAGGGACCUGGACCGACAUCUGCGCGCAAGGCACCAGCUCGAGGCUCCGCCGGUGAUGACAGCCACCAGAGCACCUCGUGUGGCGGCCACUGCGACAGCUGCAGCAGCAUCGGCACGCUCUUGAACACACGCCACACAGACUGUUCUUCGAGUGAUGCGCAUUAACCGACUGGUAGCAAGGGGCGAGGGCGUUUGUGAGAGCUUACGCCGCAGCUUACGCCAAACGUGUACGUCACUGGUCUCCACGGGCUAUACUCCCCGCACGCUGUUCAAUCGGCCCGCCUCCGAUACAUUCCUUGGAAUGUUUCUGCAGCCCCAGACAUCAUCAUCGACAAAGUGCGAAGUCCUACGCGUUCUAAAGAGGUACACGACGAGUCUAUUUUACUAUAAUGUAAUUCGCAAAACACGGAUGAGGGUGAUUUGCUCCCUCCUUGUAUAUCUUAAGGACCAACAUUGCUCGCCUUACUAAAGUUUACUUCCUUA